AUGACUUCUAGCUCCCGAAAAUACGCUCUCGAAUUUCUGUCGUAUGUCAAUGCAUCACCAACACCUUUCCAUGCUGUUGAGUCCUCAAAACAGCUUUUGAAAAAGGCUGGAUUUAUCGAAAUUAAGGAGCGUGAGCCUUGGGCUCAGUGUGUUGAGAAUGGUGGUCGUUACUUUGUGACUCGAAAUGGCUCCUCUAUAAUAGCUUUUGGGGUGGGAAAAAAGUGGAAACCAGGUAAUGGAAUGGCGUUGCUUGGAGCUCACACAGAUUCACCGGCCCUGCGUAUCAAGCCAGUCUCCAAGAAGUUUGCAGAGAACGGAUCUUUCUUGCAGGUGGGAGUUGAAACAUAUGGAGGUGGACUAUGGCAUACAUGGUUUGAUCGCGAUUUGUCCAUUGCUGGGCGCGCAAUGGUCCGCCAUUCGAAUGGUAGCAUCGUCUCGAAGUUGAUCAAAAUCGAUCAGCCUAUCCUGCGGAUCCCUACCCUUGCUAUCCAUCUGGACCGCCAGGAGACCUUUACGUUCAACAAAGAGACGCAGUUGUUCCCAAUUGCCGGCCUUGCUGCUGCCGAGCUUAACAAGACGGCGGCCGACAAUUCUUCGGCCGAGAAAUCGGGGUCUGAUGGCGACUUCAAGCCUUUGGCAUUGAUGACAGACCGUCACCAUCCUAUGAUCAUCGAUCGUAUUGCAAAGGCGGCGGGUGUUAACGCAGAGGAUGUCCUUGACUUUGAGAUGAUUCUUUAUGAUACUCAGGAGUCUGUUCUCGGCGGAAUCAAUGAUGAACUGAUCUUUUCUCAAAGGCUCGAUAACCUCACUAUGUCCUUUUGCGCAACUGUCGGUUUGAUCGAAUCCAUCGGAGAUGAGAAAGCUCUUGAGGAAGAAUCAGGCAUUAGAUUGAUUAGUCUGUUCGACCACGAAGAGAUCGGCUCACAAACGGCACAAGGCGCUGAUUCUAACUUCCUCCCUGCUAUCAUACGCCGUCUGUCGUCCGAUGCCGCGACAGCUUUCGAGGAGACAUUGAUCAAGUCAAUGCUCUGGUCAUGUGAUAUGGCACAUUCUGUGCAUCCGAAUUACCCCGCGAAAUACGAAUCUUCCCACCGUCCAGAAAUGAACAAAGAGGUGGCAAAGAUGGCAGGUGUACCGCUACAAUUGUUCGUAGUUAGGAAUGACAGCUCUUGCGGAUCAACCAUUGGUCCAAUGUUGAGUGCUGCACUUGGUGCAAGAACUGUGGACAUGGGUAAUUGCCAGUUGAGCAUGCACUCUAUCCGUGAAACCGGAGGAGCUCACGAUGUUGAACAUGCUGUCAAGCUGUUCAAAACUUACUUCAAUAACUUCUCUCAACUGGAGCCGAAGAUCCUGGUUGAUUCUACCACAUAA